GGACGAUAUGCAGUCAUGUGUCGCUGAUUGAAUGCAUUACACACGAUACCGUUACGCUUUUGCGCCGAGAAUUUUUUUUUGACGAAAAAUUUAUUGUUUAUGCAUACCAUAAUAAUUGAUAAUGUAGGUUGAUCACUUUGAGAAUGACCCAUUGUUGGACAAAUUGAAAGUUUGUAAAUAUGUGUGAGCAAUCAAAGGUAAAACUGAGUGUUGGUUUUUUGUUUUUGUUUGCUUGUUUUUUGACUGUUAUUUGUGAUGAAGUUAGUGUGGAAGAGGACGACGAAAGCAGCAGGGAAACACGGGAAUACAUGCCAGAGAUAUGGCAUGCAGUUCAAACUAUUCCAGGAGGAGCAACAGGGUGGAUACCACGCGAUCCAGUAGACGGCCAAGUAGUAACCACAAAACGAAGAAGAUUGCGGAAAAGAAAAAGACGACCACCAAUUGUCAGUUACUUGGAUCAGAGUUCUGAUAGUGUUGUUGCUCAAAUCCCACAGGAUUUCCAGCAAGAUAUACAUCAAUCCAAAGAAGCAAGUAGCACAACAGAAAACAUCAAAUAUGAAACGGAUAACAGUGAACACACAAUAAUUAGAAGAAGGAAAAGACCGAAUGCUGGCGAUCCUUGGGACGAAUUACAAGAAGAAAGCGUCAGGCCAUACAUCAGACGAAAGGUGACUCCCUCAUAUCAAACCUCAGAAGAGCCUACGAUCCUAACAAGAGAAGACUUCAACCCGAUGAGAGCCACGAUUCAAUUUGGCCCUUCUGCAAACUCUGAUCAAGAUGCAGAAAAAUAUUCUGAAAAAGGACUAGAUACUGACAACGAAGAUAUUUCCUAUGUUUUAACUACAACCAGAAAACCACCAAAUCUCAAAGAAAUUUUAAAACAAAAUGGCGGUCUGAGUCUCAGUGAGAUACUGCAAAAGAAAAAUAUAACUUUAGCGGAGUUGCUUACUGGAAAACAAGAAGCUAUUAAAGCCUUAACAGUAACUUCUACAGGAACAAUCGUUUCCAAAUCUACUACAACAGCUUUAACACCUACAGCUGAUAAUUUUGAAAACCCAAAAUACCAAAGACUUCCGCCAUCUAUAGCUUUAAGAAAAGAUACAAUAAAUAGAAGGUAUGAGCAAUAUGGUGCUUUUUAUGAUGUUUUAAGUGACAAGGAGAUGGAAGAAGCUCAGAGAAGGCGUUUGGCUUUGCUGCAAGGCCACAACAGCAAGGGAAUUACAAAUAAUGGAAAAUUCUCUGAAGUAACAAGGUUUGAAGUUAUUACUGAACCAAUAACUGAAAAACGAAUUUUUGUUCCUUCUCAUCCCAAACUCUACACUGCUGUAAACUAUAAGCCGGAUUGGGAAGAUAUUAUUACGGAAUCUUACAUUCAAACUGAUGUUCCAAUAGCUGAAACAACUACCCCAACAACCACCACAACUACAACAACCCCUAAAGUGGCUAAUAAACUUUCCAAAUGGGGCAUCAGUAAAACAAAGAGCAAUUUGCCAUUAACCAGUGCUAAACUGAUGAAAGCAAUUACAAAAAAACCUGCUAUAUCUUCUUCCACAGAGACUGUUACAGUAGAAGAGGAGAACUAUCCAAAAACGAGCAGUGUAAAACCUUUGAAAAUUAAUUUAAAGGAUAUAUUUGGUUUUAAAAAUCAUGACAAUCAAGUUGAAGAUAAAAUCUUGGAUGGCCCUCUACGCAUGAGCAUAGACCUAGAAUCUAUAUCUGACAUGUCCAGUUCAACCACAUCUACAACCACUAAACCUCUAACAACAAAAGAAAUUCCGAAACUUCGCCCGUUUAGCGCAAAAGAUGAAAUUUUGCAAGUCCUUAAUGAUCCCAAAGGCAGAGCAGGUUUAUCAAGAAUCCUUGAAGCCAGAAAUAUGACUAUCCAAGAAUUAAUUGAACAAAGAGAACGAGGAUCUAGCCAAUUACAUUUAGCUGAUAUUUUUCAUAAUAAAACUAAAGAGCCAGAGCCUUCAGAUGAUGCUCUAGAAGGAAAUAUUAUUAGCUCAGAACUUUUGACAAAUUUCCCUGUGUUUGCUAGAAAACCCAAAGUUUUGUUAGAUAAAGAAGAUACUACUACAACGACAAGCAAACCAGUGGAACAUAAUUUAUCUGUGACAGCUUAUCCAAGUUUCAAAAUUGAAAUAAAGAAAGAGGAAUAUCCUUGGCAAAGAUUUUAUCCAGAACUCAAUGGGAGCCAAGAAAAAACAACUUCAAAGCCAGAUUUGAGUGAAACCUCUAUAAUGGAAACUGCUGAUAUUUUAACAGAAGAAGAUAUUCAAAGACUAGAAGAUUUAGAGCAAAAACUAUAUUCUUCAGCUUCAAGUGAACAUCUUCAAAUUAUAGAUGAACACCCACAAAAAGUAGUGAACAUAUCUUCUGGAGUUAAGUCAGCUAUUAUAGCUAGCUUAGUGAUAUUUGUUUUAUCAAUGACCGUUUUUGUAACUAUUUUAUUAAUAUUUAGGUGGUCUCAAAGAAAAAAGAAGACAUUCAAUUACCAUGAUAGUCUGAAACCACCAUUGUUCAAUGAAAAAACGCGUAAUAUAAAAACAUUUGUAGCAGAAACUUUGGGAAAAAAGAAAGUGAAUUAUUAUAAAAGACAUUUGCAAAGUAUGAGCGAUGAUAGUUGGGAAGAUGAUAGGAAAAAUGUUUUUUAAGGCUGCUAAUUUUGUAGGUUACUGAUUGUUUUAGUAAAUUAUGAUGUACUAUUUAUUUUUGUUACUUGUGCUCAAACAUCCUCAAUAUAAAAUGUUGAAUAUUUAUAAGAUAUGCUUUAAUAUAUUUUUAAAUAAAUGUGCG